AUGGUGGAGUUCGCACCCUUGGCCUUGCCGCUGGAGCGCAGGCUGCAGACGUUUGCAGUCCUGCAAUGGGUCUUCUCCUUCCUGGCCCUGGCCCAGAUCUGCAUUGCAGUCUUCAUAGGCCUCUUAUUCACAAGAUUCUGGAUCCUCACUGUCUUAUAUGCAACCUGGUGGUACUUGGACUGGGACAAGCCACGGCAGGGGGGCAGGCGCAUCCAGUUCUUAAGGCGCUCUAUCCUGUGGAACUACAUGAAGGACUAUUUCCCCGUUUCGCUGGUCAAGACUGCUGAGCUGGAUCCCACCCGGAACUACAUUGCUGGCUUCCACCCCCAUGGGGUCCUGGCUGCUGGAGCCUUUAUCAAUCUUUGCACUGAGAGUACGGGCUUCCCUUCCAUCUUCCCUGGUAUCCGCCCUCAUCUGAUGAUGCUGGACUUGUGGUUCCGGGCCCCCUUCUUCAGGGAUUACAUCAUGGCAGGGGGGCUGGUUGCAUCACAUAAGGAAAGUGUUAUUCACUUGCUGAGCAGGAAAGAAGGCGGCAACCUGCUGGCCAUCAUUGUAGGGGGAGCUAAGGAGGCGUUGGAUGCCCGACCAGGAGCCUACAGGCUGUUGCUGCAGAACCGAAAGGGCUUCGUCAAACUCGCUCUGAUGCAGGGGGCAGCUCUGGUGCCUAUCUUCUCCUUUGGGGAGAAUGAACUAUUUGACCAGAUCCACAACCCUCUUGGCUCCUGGUUGCGCUGGGUCCAGAACCACCUGCAGAAGGUCAUGGGCAUCUCCCUCCCACUAUUCCAUGGCCGUGGUGUCUUCCAGUACAGCUUUGGCCUCCUACCCUACCGCCGGCCCAUCACCACUGUGGUCGGGAAGCCCAUCGAGGUGCAGAAGACACCACAACCCUCGCAGGAGGAGGUGAACCACCUGCACCAGCGUUACAUAAAGGAGCUGUGCGACCUCUUUGAGGCUCACAAGCUGAAGUUCAACAUCCCCAUGGACCAGCAUUUGGAGUUCUGUUGA